CCAAAGGUGGGUCAGACCUCAUAUGGCUUCUAACUGAACGGAGUAUAACUUGUUAAACCCUAAAUCCUUAGCCCUUGCUUUUCGUCAUCAGUCUCUCAGUUCCUUCUGCACUGCACCGGUCGCUCCUUCCAUUCGCCGACCUCAGGCCGUCCACUGCCACGCCACUCGUAGUCCGUCUCUCCCUGCCACGUCGGUCGUAUCGACGCCUUGCCACUGUUCUUCUCACAGCCGGCCGACCUCGAAGUCCCGUGUCUGUGUUCCUCUCCAAACAUAGGCCACCCAUCAUCAUCCUCCCUCCGAUCCAGAAUUGCAAACCAGACAUAUAAGUGUGGCCAAAAUUGCAAAUAUUUUCCGUUGUGCCCAAAACAAUCAGAAAAUCGUACUGACUUAAUUGAGUUCGUCCGAGUCAACGACCGAGUUUAGUAACGUCGCCUCGGACAUCUGGAGAAUAGGAAAUCAGUUACAGUUUGAAGAAUCGAGCCAAAGAAAGGGCUUCACCCCCUUGUUUUUGUUUUCUAUAGGGCCCCUUGAAUUGAUUGGGAAAUGAAGAACAUGAUAGCUCUGGGUUUUGAGGGUUCAGCAAACAAGAUUGGUGUUGGGGUUGUAACUUUAGAUGGCAACAUUUUGUCAAACCCACGUCAUACCUACAUUACACCUCCUGGCCAUGGCUUCCUUCCUCGUGAAACUGCACAUCACCAUCUCCACCACAUUCUUCCAUUGGUUAAGUCUGCUCUGGAAACUGCAAAAAUUACCCCCAAAGAUAUUGACUGCCUCUGUUACACCAAAGGGCCUGGCAUGGGAGCUCCUCUACAAGUUUCUGCUGUUGCUGUGAGGGUUCUUUCUCAGAUAUGGAAUAAGCCUAUUGUCGCUGUUAAUCACUGUGUUGCACAUAUUGAGAUGGGAAGGGUUGUAACUGGUGCAGAUGAUCCUGUUGUCUUGUAUGUUAGUGGUGGGAAUACUCAGGUGAUUGCUUAUAGUGAAGGAAGGUAUAGAAUCUUUGGGGAGACUAUUGACAUUGCUGUUGGAAAUUGCUUGGACCGGUUUGCAAGAGUCCUAACAUUAUCCAAUGAUCCAAGUCCUGGAUACAAUAUUGAACAGCUUGCAAAGAAAGGAAAACUUUUUAUUGAACUUCCAUAUGUUGUCAAAGGGAUGGAUGUAUCAUUCAGUGGCAUAUUGAGCUAUAUCGAAGCAACUGCUGAGGAGAAGUUAAAAAGUAAUGAGUGUACUCCUGCUGAUUUGUGCUACUCUCUGCAGGAAACAUUGUUUGCUAUGCUUGUGGAAAUCACGGAAAGAGCCAUGGCUCACUGUGACAAGAAAGAUGUUCUUAUAGUCGGUGGUGUAGGUUGUAAUGAGCGUUUGCAAGAGAUGAUGAGAAUAAUGUGCUCUGAGCGAGGUGGAAGGUUAUUUGCAACUGAUGACCGUUAUUGUAUCGAUAAUGGGGCAAUGAUCGCAUAUACUGGUCUUCUUGCUUGGGCACACGGUGUUUCUACACCAUUGGAGGAAGCAACGUUCACCCAACGGUUUCGAACUGAUGAAGUACACGCAAUCUGGAGAGAGAGAGGAUCUGACUAAUGGAAAAGAGCUCAUGGAAGAAGACAUCUAAACCCGGAAAGCAUGUCUUUAUUCUUUUUUUUUUUUUUUUUUGAAACCAGAAAGCAUGUCUUUAUCUCUUCAAGAUGUGAUAGUUGAUUUUCCAUGGCUCUUUAGAUGUUGCCUGAAGUUUUAUAGAUUAUAGCAUUGUUGAAAAAUUUAGGCCAAUGGUUCUUUAGGAUCUAACUUGUAAAUGGUAUUUACAGGUCCAACAUAAUUAGAAAACAGCAAACGAGAGCCAACUCUGGAGGCAAAUUAGUUCAGCAUUUGCAGUUUUUUUUUUUCUUUUUGGUGUGUCAUGCACUUUUAUGUAUUCUAGAAUGUUACAUUCACGAAAUUAUGUUCAAAUUCUGUUGCAAUAUAUAUGUAUACGUAUGUAUGUGUAUAUAUAGCACUAUAUGCUCA